CAGCAAACAGCUUCCUGUCCUCCUGCUCCUGUUUGCCUGGGCCUGCAGAUUUACACAGCCUGAGGUGAUGGAUGUUGAGGUGAUCAGGUCAUCCCUCAGGGCUGCUGCAGCGUGGAUGGUGGCCGGCACCUAAGGGAGCAAUUGACAAGCAUUAGUGGAGGUAUGGCUGCCGGUGUGGGCACCCCCCAUGGCCUACCCUCCCCCUGGGGCACCCCCUGCGGUGUCCCAUGCGGCCCCUGCCCCUGGGGGCCGCACCAGCACUGUCAGGCAUUCCCACCCGCCUGCCAGGCUGUCCCAGGAUCAUACUCCCCGGCCCGGUGAGGAGCAGGACCCUGGGCCCGGGGCACCGCGGGGGCCGCGUGUCUGGGGCUGCAGGCACGCGGCCUACUACUGGGGGGGCUGGGAUCUGAGGCCUACUGGGGCCGCGCGGGUGGCACGGCCUUCAGACACGAGGCCUGCCACUGCCGCGCGGCCUGCUACCCCCAUGGCAGCCCAGCCUGCUACUUACUGGGCCGCCUACUACCUCCAGGCCGGGGAUGCGGCCUCCAACUGCCGCGCGGCCUACUCCUCUCCUCCCCCUCCACACCAUCCGCCCCGGCCGCCAGUGCUGGAUUGCGGGCCGGGGGCGGCUUUAAAUCCUGUGAGUUUUACGCUACAUAAGGAGUCUAACAUUAUGUAUAUGUGUAUAUGUAUAUAUAUGUAUAUGUAUGUAUAUAUAUGUAUGUAUAUAUUUUGCGCUAUGUUGUGUUAUUGGAUUGAUCACGAAUGGUCAUUUAAUUUCCUGGUGCAGUACUUAUUCUAUGUUGAUCUGGCACUGCUAGCAGUGGUGGAACAGGCCAUGGCUGGUUGUGGUGGCGUCCCCCGCUGAUUUUAGGUGUAAAACAGCGUGGUUGUGGCAGGGGUAUGUCCUUGCCAAUUGAGUUUCAGGGGUUACGUUUAAGUAUAUGGAAUGAGAUGAACAAGUUUUUAAGGUCUCAACCUCCCCUGCUUCAAAAGGUUAACAUUAGGUUGCCUGAGGUGUCGUGCCCAUCGAGCGUGGAUAAGGUCAGCUGAUGGCGGGCAUUGGAAAGAUAUGAUUUUAUGACGAGGGGGGAGGUGAGAGGAAGUGGUGAUUAGGAACCACUGUAUGUUUAUUGGCAAGGACGGUUGGGUCACUGUAUAACACUGUGUGGAGUUAUAUAUGUAUAUAUGUUAAUUUAUGCUUAUUUAUGUCUAACGUUUUGGUUACAGAAAAAGAAGAGAUUUAAUAAAUAAAGUUAUGGAUGUGUUAUGCAGUAAUUUAGUUUGUGAUAAUAAAUGCUGUGGCCUGUUCAUCCAUACUAAGUGGUCUGUCAUUAUUGGGGGGUUGAAUGGGGUUAGUUUUGUUAUAGGCUGCAUCGCAAUUCCCUACUACGUACAUACAAGUUAAGCAAUAAAUGAUUAACUAAUGACAAUUGCAAUAUUCAGUAAAACAGUUUGGAGCAAAAUACUCUGACCUGUGCCUUGGCUAGUAAGCAGCAAAGAAAGAGGAAGUCAUGUGUCUGUCAGGGCUUUAUAUAUGGAUGUGAUGCCUGUUACUGAUUGGUUUAAAGUUUAUUGAUUGACUUGUGCUGCUGGAGGCAUAAAGUAAAGAAAGUUAUGCAAAAUAUGAAGCCUCCUGCCAUGUGAUAAAAUUCAGUCUGUACAGGGUUUCAUUUUAAAAUUUUGUAAAUGAAUGUUUAUUUCCAGUACUCCAGUUCCUGUCAAACAUUUUCCCUGGCUAGCUAUUUAACCUUUAUCCACAUGUCCCACACAUACAUACAACGUGGGCUGUGCACACUCUCCAUGAGAUAAAUUCAUGCCAAAAAUUGGGUAUUAGUAGUUGUAGAACUGAGAGUUAACCACCGGGUCUGAAAGCCCUUCUGCUGCCAUGGACUUAUGAACCUGAAUGAAACAAGUCGGGCACACUCGACUAAACAACAAAAUAGCCCCAGGAAAAGGCUAAUAUAAUGAAUACUGGGUGCUCACCCACAUAAGGCUCUAUCCCCUAAAGAACCCAAAAUACAUAACAGUGUGAAUAGAGUAAGGAGCACAGCCAUAAAUCUUUAAAUAUAUGAAAAAAUCUUUAUUAAAUGGGUAUAUACUAUAGGACUGUCUCUUUAAAUAUUAUCCACAGAGGUACAAAGUCAUGCUAUUCAAAAGCAUUUACCAGAAAUGCAAUGAUAUAGGCAAAUAUAAACGCUCAAUGCGUAAUAACUGAAUGAAAGAAAUAUCAUGCAAACAGUCCACUAUAAUACUAGUAUAAUGAAAACCCAGACAUAUAAAAAAAUAGCAGCAAACCAUACCAAAUUCAGUGAGAAGUAGGGACAGAGUCAAUAAAAAAAAAAACAACGUUUCGGCUGAAAAGCCUUUGGCGGCACUGGUACAUUUAGGAGGCCUGGUAAAACUGUAUGUAAACUGAGAGUUUCACUCAUUCAAAAUGAUGAGAGAAACUGCCUUAGCGGAUAAACUACUUUUUUCUGGUACGCAGAGGUUUAUGGGAUUAACUGUAUUUCCUGGUGUGGGCAUAUCUGUAAGCAGUGCACCAAAGGGCGCUUUCAUUUGAAUUUUUUUAUUUUUAAAGUAUUUUUUUCAUUAUUGUAAUGCAUUAUCUUUAUAAUGUAUUCAAAAUAUGGAGUAAUAUUUACCCGUUAGUUUCCCUUUGAAGCCUGUAACCUCUUUGCAUCUGAUCUGAAGUACUAAAAACACAUAAGCCCUUAUGGUAAUUAUGAUUCGAUAAAACAAACCAAAAACAGUCCCAUCGUGUCCUUUUUUUUUUUUUUUAUCAAUAAUGUAGGCUUGUUGUGUUUAAAUACCAUAGUUAGUUCACUGAAAAGUGGUUUUAUUUUUUUUUUUUAGUGUAGGAACCCUGUAGCAUCUUCCUUGUUUCCACUCGGGCAGCACACGUGCUCUGAUGUCUUAGGAGCGAUGCUCCAGCCGCCAUAUUUGUUUUGGCGCAUUCAAAGUAAUGCAACAAAAGCAAAACCCGGAAGCGGAUACGAACAAUCAAACUUUAAUCCAGGAAGUGUAAUUUUUUUUCGUAGGCGACAGCGGAGUGAAAACAGUGAGUGAGACAGUAAGCAUGUGAAUACUAAUAUUAUAUUUGUAUCGCUCACUGACAGAGGGAAUGGGAGUAACACUUGCCCUCCUUGUUGUGGUUUGAGGGGUACAAUAUAAUAUAUAGAUUAUAUAUCCAGGGAGAUGUGCAGCUAGUGGGAAAAUCGAUUCAAAAAUUGGAUCCCAUUAUAUAUUACACAGACAUAUCAAAUAUAUAAACAAUGAUACAGUACCUACGAUCAGUCAGAAUUCUGUUCCACGUUAUCCUAUUGAUAGAAAACAGAAUUCUGUAGAUAACAUUUUUGUUUCCUGCAGAUUCCAAUCAAUACUUUGGUCCAAAGGCUGUAUAUAAUGAUGUAGGUCGUUGCUAAGAGAACUCAUAGGGGAGGAGAGCAUUUUUUAAGAUCAAAUAAUUCAUAUUUUAAAAAAUCGUUUUAUUUUGAGUGGGCAGAGAAUCUGUUAUGUUUUUAUGUUUACUGGGAAAUAGUCAUUUUCUGGAAAAUACACAAGUGAAUAGAACUUUUUUUUUUUUUUUUUUUUAAAUCUUUUUUUUAAAUCUGAUCAUCUGUUUUCUUAAAAAAAUAUAUUAAAGAGUUAGCAAGUGACAUUGCAUUCCAGAUUAGCCAGGCACUGCCAGGACAUGCAUUACAAAUGAGGAGGAGAAAUAGAAAGUUUUUUAUUUUUCUUCUCUGCUUUCUCUAUGAGGACUGCCAGUUCUACAGCAGAGAUGAUAGUGCUUCUAAUAAUGAUUAAAGCAACACUGCAUGCACCAUAAUCUGUACAUGGUGCUUCAGUGGUUAAGGUCCCACAAGUGCUCUAUCCUUGAGCUACUCCCUGCACAACUGAGCAUAGCUCAGACGGGGAGCUACGCCAGGCAUACCCCAAGUGAGAAGUCAUGUCAUCCUUAAAACGUUUGGAAUUAUUUACAAUGGGUGGGCAUCCAGUUCUCUGUAAAAAUGAAUGGUGGAUGGAGUGUUCAUUUAAUAGGGUGCAGGUGGAGGUAUCCGGUUACGGCAUAAGGUGUAGAUCUUUACAUUUAAUUUUUAUUCUUCACAUCUCACAAUUCUAUAUUUUUCUAAAUAUAGAAGGAUAAGGAACCAUGACCAUGAUUGGUUGCCCAUACUGAUAUGUGUAUUGAACUUAUAUAUGUAUUGAACACUGAAAGUGCACUGUCACCGUCUGGGGACUUUGUAAAUACCACUGACCGUGACAUCACCACUAGGGGUCCAGUGGGUGUGAGGGACAGGCAAAGAUGAGUUCUCCAUAACUGAACCUGUCCCUCGUGGGUGCUAUCUUCUCUCACUGGGUCCUCUUCAUUUCCUGGCACUCUCAGUAUAUUUAUGAAAUUCCAACACAGUCAAUAUGAGUAUUUUAUCUGACUUUAUGAAGUACUUAUAUUUCUUUUGGAUGGGAUAAGUAAAUAUAAUAUUAAAGAUAAAUCCUAGGAAGUGACAGUUCACCUUAUCAUAAUGGUAGCAGGAAUUAGAUUUACCAGAUUAUACAGAUUUUACUACAGGUAAACAUGACUGAUAUUUCACACAGAAGUUACAUUUACAUUCUCUAAAGUCUGUAUUGUCCUUUGUUGCAACCCAAGCUCAUAUAUGUUGAAUAAUUAUGACUGUAAUCAUUACAUGUUUGUUAUUAAUAACCGGAAUAAAAAAGACAAACCUUUUUGGUGACAAUAAAGCUAGUAAAAGUAAAAGGCAUACCCUAAGCACCAUAGCUACUACAGUGAGCUGUAGUGGUAAUAGUUUCAGGACUCCAUGCUGCCAUCUGUCGAUAGACUGUCAAAAAUAUGUAUGAAUGGCUGACAGCUGGUGUGAGUUGGUAUUAUAGUGCAAAGGUAUGAGCUUCAGCUUUGGCUUGCCAGCUCAGACCCAAAGUACUGCGGGCGACUGAAAGAGACUGGUAAUUUGACAAACUGUUUUUAGAGCUUAGAGUCAGACUAUGCCAGGGUUUUCCAGGCUCAUUAACCACUACAGCACAUUGUAAUUGUUAUGAUGCUUAGAGUAUCCCUUUCUUUUCUGUCUGUGAUUGAAAGGAGUGUACAGUUCCUUGGAAUUGUAGUGCACUGUUUUGUUUACACACUGAUGGUGCUUCAGCAUAAGUGGUUUGACGGCCUAUACUGAAAAACAUGGCUCUGGUGUGGUACAGACCAUAGUUUCAUGAAAAUAGUGUGUAGUUUUAACAGCAUUAUUGUAACUACUAUCAAUAUGUUUGUUAUACACAAACUGUUAUACAUGUAGUGAAAUGUGGUACAUCAGAGAUACAGCAUUCAUAAAAUGUGAUAUCUCAAAGUAGUGUUCUUUUCUCUCGUCCCCUGUCCCAUUGUCUUCUUUUCUCCCGUUCCCUGUCCCAUAGUGUUCUUUUCCCCCUUUUCCUGUCCCGUAGUGUUCCCCCUGUCCCAUAAUGUUCUUCCCCAACCUCCCUGUCCCAUUGUGUCCCCGUCCCAAGUCCAGUAUUCUUGACUUUUUUUUUUUAUAAUUCUUUAUUUUGGUGGUGCAUAAUAAAGACAUGGUUGGUACAUGGCAAAUUCGUAAGAUGCAGGUAUACAGAGUAGUUUUACAAUAGCAUUACUAUACUGUGGCACCAAUUUUUAAUUUUUUCCCAUAAUGCAACAAGGUUCAACUUUCGGGAUGUGUCUGAGAGGGGCGACUGGAUAAAGGGGUAGUUGUAUGGGUGGGAGCUCUCAGGUAUUCCCGAGCUUUAGGUAUUAAUAUGCUCGAGAUACUGUAUCUAGUGGACUAGAAUGGGGUCAGCAUAUUUUAGCUCAUGGAGGAUUGUAGGUGUUCACCCCGGGUAUAUUCUAAAGAUUGUCUGGUGGCCUGAGGUUGGGAAUAUCAGGUGUGCAGUAGUGGUGUUAGAUCGCCCCACUUAUGGGGGUUGUACCUCCGAUUCUAUAAAGUACCCCUAACCUAAGGGGGUAGCGGGGGGGUGAGAAGUCAGGAGGCUUCAGGCUACGGGCCAGUUCACUAUUAGUCGUCUCCAAUUGCUAUGCAUUCUACACAAACAUGGGAGAUAUGUAAGAAUAGAGGAAAGAGAAGUGAGAAAACAAAUUUAAACAAUAUAUCAACAGUUCUUCAUGUCCAGACUCGGGUGCGUUCAGGUGGUAGUAGCUUGCGAGGUGUCGCUCCUUGGGACGAAGGGGGUGAUGCGGUCUAGGUACCAGUUUCCAGCGGCAGUGUUAGAGUGCGGUCCCCUGUUCUGCCCUACCAGUCCCAGAGCUUUCAUGAGCGCUGGUGCCCCUUCUACAGAGGUGAUGGUGUGAUUAGUUCCAUUGUGGGGUACUAUCAGGGACCCUGGGGCUCCCCAGCGGUAGAUGAUGCUUGCGUUUCUCAAUUGUGAGGUGACAGUUCCCAUUGAUUUGCGCCAGAGUAGUGUGCUUUUGGUGAGAUCUUGAAAAAAAGACAAGGAGGAGCCCUCAAAGGUCAGAGGCGUUUUGUUUCUCAGGGCUGUCAUUAUUCGGGUUUUGUCUUGGAAGGUUAGGCAUCUGAGGAUGACGUCCCUUGCCACACCAGGUGUCAAAUUGGCAGAGCUAUUGAUGCGAUGCACCCCAUCUAUGAUUAUCGUUUUGGCGAUAGCAUGGGUUAAUAUGGUGGAUAGUAACCUGCGGAGAUAGUGUGGGAGCUCCUCAACUGUAACUUCAUCAGGGAUUCCACGUAUUUUUAUGUGAUUUCGGCGCUGUUUGUCUUCUAGGGCCGUGAGUUGCAGGGAGAAGUGUGAGUGAUGUUCUUGUAGCUGGUGCACUGUCUCUUUAAGGGUUUUUAUGUCUGAUCUGGCGUCAAGGAUAUCCUCCUCAGCGGUUUGCACCCGGUCUGUGAUGGUUUGUAUGUCGUUUCUCAACAGUUUUAGGUCUGCUGCCCAUAAUCUGUGUAUGUCAGCAAGCAGGUUUUCAAGUCAUUUUUGGUGGUGGGGGGCCGACCUGUCAGCGGUCUCAAUGGAGUUUAUGAGACUUGCCUGUGUGAGUAGCGUGGGUUCUUUCUCCCUCUGCGCCAGGGUGCUCGCCCCUUGAUUCUCUGGGGGAAGCGUUUUUGGGUUGUGCAGGUUGCCUCAGCAUGUCUCCUAUGUCCCUGCUGUCUGCCGUGGAGUUCGGUUUUUGUGACCGGCGUCCCAUUGCAGGCAUGGAGUUUUGGGUGGUCUGUGUGGCGUGAGGCUCGGUGCAUGGCGGGCUCACUGUGUAGCUACCGCGCAAGAGAGCGUCCAGGCCCGGGAUCGUCGGCGCGUAGUAGGCCGCAGACCUGCGCCGCGGCUUGGAGUGUUUCGCCGUGUAUAAAAACGGCAUCUAUCGGUGCGGCUCCGGUUAGGCAGGUCAGCUGGAGCGUUUUUAUGGUCGGAUGGGGCUUUGUUGGUAGGAUAUUGGCUGGUUUCAAGUUGUUUUUGGAGGAGCUUUCGAGAAUGGCGUCUGGUCUGGUCGGUUAGCAGGCCCCGCCCCCGUAUUCUUGACUUUUCAUGUUAUCAUUACUAUCUUUCAUUGUGAUAAUCAUCUGAAUUGUUAAUGCAAGCAUGUCUGUUAAACUAUGAACUACCAAAAAUAAAUAUAUAUAUAUAUAUAUAUAUAUAUAUACAUUUAUUUAUUUUUUAAUUAUUUUGGCAAAUUUGACCCGUUUUCGGCAAAAUAUUACGGCUGUCGAAAUUUCGCUGCAUCCCUAUCUCAAAGCAAGAAAAAGCUAAAUUUGGCCAUCUACAUAGUGGAUGAGUAAGUGCAUGUUAUCGACAUUAAAAAUUAUGAUUCUAUAAAUAAGUAAAUAAUAUUCCAUUAAUACGUUCAAGAGUAAACUGUUGAGAACUCAUUAUAAUAGAAAAUAGUACUUGGUAUUACAAGGCCAUGUCAGAGUGAUACAUGUGGUUUUAUACCGCUGUACUUGAGGCAUUCAGAGAAAGGCUUAAAUUGACUUGACAGUAUCAAGUUCUACAGCUCCCCAUAUCGUGUUCUAGAAGGUUUCGAUGGUGCUAGAAAAAAAACUGCAAAUAUGACCUCUGAAAAUAUAUGUACCACUGCACGUGUUGAAAUCUUCUCUCAGAAAACAUGUGCCAAGUGUUAUGGAAUGUUGCAUAUGUAGUUGUUUAUGUUAAAUUCUCAUGAGCAUCUUGAGGAGGCCAUUAUCAUCCUCCGGCAAGUAAAACUUCUAAUGAGCGUGCUUCAUUUUGCAUACACUUAGCGGAUACUUACUUUGUCAUCUAUGAGUUUAGAGAGUACCAUAAUCCCUUUAUUCUCUUUGUAACAUAAAGUGACAUUCUAAGUACUAUAACUACUGUUGCUGUAUUUUACUUGUUAUGGUGUUAGAAACCUUCUCAGCAAUUAUACCUUUUAUAUCCCUUGCAUUUUUAUGUCUUUGUCUGGAUCUAUUGCACCUAGAUUUCUCACCCAUUCCCACAGACUGCAAAGGAGAUUUGAAAAGCAUGAUCAAAUUGAAUUCAAUUUCCAAGAAUCCUCUUAGUACUAUAACUACAUCAAUAUCUUGUGCUUACGGUUGUUGUAGUGUUUUUAAUGGAGACCUCCCAAGCUACUAUGCAUUUCUGUGUUUUAAAGACUUUGUAGGGUAAGAACCUGAGAUCUAAUUUUGUGGGGGGUUUAAGACGGGAACAAGGAGUGCCACAUAUUUGUAAAAUGGAAUUAAAGAGAAUAUAGAACUUUAGAUACACAUACUUUUUUGACAAACCUUGUAUGUAUUUGUAGAGCAUUGUGAUGGAACCAGAGCUAUCAGACCGUUAUGACCACGCUCUCUUAGGAAUACUUCAACACGUGGGAAACAUCCAAGACUUUCUAAAUGUUUAUUUUGGCUUCUUGUACCGUAAGACAGACUUUUACCGGUUGCUUUUGAGUCCACAAGAACGCUUGGGGUUCCCUCCAGGUGUUGCUCAGAAUAUGGUACUGCAGGUAAGUACUUGUCGUUUGCAGUGUGGUACCAUGACUUGGUCCUCGUAGUGAAUCAUGCUUAUCUUCUCUCAGACCUUCAAAACCUAUGAGCGGAUGGCACUACAGGAUCAUGAGCAGAGAAUGCAAAAGUUGCAGGCUAAACUGGAAAGAAAAGAGCCGGAAGAAAAAAGAGCAGAGACUGAGCAGGAACUAGUUCCAGGAGAAGAAGUGGUCGUUGAGACACCUGAAGAAGAGGGUCAUGUGGAGCAGGAGAAGGCAGAAAGGGAAGCAACUGAUGUUGAAAAGAAAGAAGAUAGAGCAGAAGUUGAUGGAAACAGCCCUGGAGCAGCAGCAUCAAUGGAAAUGUAAAACCGUUUAUUCUGAAAAGUGUAUUAUUAUUUAGAUGGUUAUUUUAUCCAUUAUGGGUUUAUUCUAACACCUUUCUACUCCCAUUUAAACUUAUUAAUUUUCUCUUUCCAUUGCUUAUUUUGCUUUACCCAAUAUGUUGUAUCUUUUUUUUUUUCUAUGUUCUCUUCUUUCUCUUUAUCAUACGAUAUGUUUUCUUGCAUGUCCCACCAAAAUGUUGCUGCAUACAGUCAUUCCCUUUAUAGUGGUUUGCUGUUCAUUUAAUUACUACUGUCUUCUGCUAUCCAUCUAUCGUGUGUCUCCUUGUGCCACCCUACUCCUGAAACGUGGGCAACACCUCCCUAAAUCUCUUGUGCAGGUAGAUUAUGCCUCAUUAUUCUGCUUAAAAAGCACCUGAUGACUCCAAACUGUUGUAUAGUUGGGAAACCCUUAUGGUUGUACUUAAAAUCACAGUAAUACAAGGUUUUUGAGUCUUCAUAGUGUCUCCAGCUCAGGCAGCAUUAUGUGUAAUCUAAGCUUUCACAAACCCUCUUAUUAUAAUAGUCUCUACCACACAUGCUUGAAGGCUAUCUCAUGCAUCUGUAGUAAAUGUAAUAUCUAAAAAAUUUGCCUCCCUUUUCAUCAACAGCAUGAAGAGAUGGGUUUUAAAGUUUGCACUCAAUGGACUUUUUCAGUCUAGAUUACUAUAUAAAUUUUGUGCGUCAGCACUAUCAUCCCACCUUGCUUAUCCAAGAAGGUGUUUGAAGUACUCCCCUUUGUGAUCAGUAUAAAUCAGGAAUACAUAUACUUCCUAUAUAUCAUGGGAUGGUGAUUAUACUCUGCAUUAGGCUAGAUCAAUUUCCAACCCUUCAUAAUUAACCUAUAUUUAGCGUGGUUCUUCUCUGCCUAAUAUUGCCUGUAUUUCUUAUAAGGGUCCAAGAGGAUUUCCAGAAGGACCCAGACAGUUACAAUGGUGCUGUGCGAAAAAACUAUAUGUGGUCUCAGGAUUACACAGACGUGGAAAUUAAAAUCCCAGUGAAUAAAGAUGUCAUUAAAGGAAGACAGGUGAUUCCUUGUUCAUAUUUACAAAACACAUGCUAUCCAGAAAACUAGCAUUCUCAUGUAGCAUCUUGGAGGCAACUUAGGGUAAAGUUUAAGUAAUGGCAGAUAUCAACAAGAAAAAAGUCAGUUUCAGAAAGAAAGGCACUAGAACAGGGUUAGUAAACCUUGAUGUUUUGGAUUGACACCAGUAAGUUAAUUUCCUGUGCACAGAAAUAGUGUUGUGUACACAUCACAGACUCCCAGCAGAGGGUGGUAGAGACUAAUUUAUAAAGAUAAAAUGAGUCUGAAAAUGUCUUAAUGCUCUAUUGCUGCAAUGUUUUUACUUUAUUUAAAUCACAGUUUAUAUAUGCAUAUAUAUUUAAUCAUUAUUUUCAAUCCAUACAUGUUAUAAUCAGAAUGACAAGCACAUAUGACAAAUAUGUUAGAAGAAAGCGUUGCAUAUCGUGUCACGAAGUGUUGGAAAAUAAUUGAGAUUAUCCAAAAAUAGGAUACUUUUUGAAUUGUAAUCAUCCCUUCAAAUUACUAAAAAUGUUAAACUGAAGUGCUAUGAAUUACAAAAUUACUUAAAGGACCACUAUAGGCACCCAGACCACUUCAGCUCAAUGAACUGGUCUGGUUUCCAGGUCUCUCUAGUUUUAACCCUGCAGCUGAAAACAUAGCAGUUUCAGAGAAACUCACUGACAGCCACUAGAGGCCCCUUCCACGAUUCUCACUGUGAAAAUCACAUUGAGAAGACGUUGACAUCCAUAGGAAAGCAUUGGGUAAUGCUUUCCUAUGGGCGGUUUGAAUGCGCACACGGCUCUUGCCGUGCAUGCACAUUCGGCGCUGGCGUCAGCAGGAGGAGGAGAGGUCCCCAGCGCCGGGGGAGCCUGGUGCUGGAGAAAGGUAAGUGGCUGAAGGGGCUUUAACCCCGUCAGCCCAGCGGGAGGGGAGCCAUGAGGGUGGGGGGGGGACCUAAGGACUACAUAGUGCAAGGAAAACGAGUUUGUUUUCCUGGCACUAUAGUGGUCCUUUAUUUGAAUCUGAAGUCUAAUCAAAAUCCUGUCAGUUACCUUAAAACACAUUACUUUGUAGCAAAAGGUGGACCACUAUAAUGCUUUAAUAUACAACUUUCUAAGUUCUUCCACAUGUUUCUUGGUAUAUUAUUUGUAAAGGAGCUACUUAGUUAUAAUUAGAGAGGAGGAUGCAGGUGUGGUAACAUUCAAACGUAAAUAGAAGGCUGAAAGAAUAGGUUCUUUGGUAUUUUUGCCCCAGAAUUGAGGAGUAGCCAGUGGAGGUGUCCCUAGGCCAGGCAUAGGCAACCUUCGGCACUGCUGAUGUUUUUAACUACACCUCCCAUGAUGCUCUGCCAGCAUUAUGGGUUUAAGAGCAUUAUGGGGGAUGUAGUCCACAAUAUCUGGAGUGCCGAAGGUUGCCUACCUCGCCCUAGACUGUAAGGUAAACACUGACUUUUAUCUGAAAACCCGUGUUUACUGCAAAAAGCCUGAAGGGAAUCAUUCUACUCACCAGAACAAAUACAAUAAGCUGUAGUUGCUCUGGUGACUAGUGUGUCCUUUUAAAUAUUAGCUCUCUCUUUACAGGAAGUGUUUAGGAAGGCUGUGCAAAUCAGAUGCUGGGAGGUGUGGCAUGUGAUACUGCAGGGGCAUGAUCUAUAUACAAAAACUGCUUCAUUAAGCUAGUUGUUUUGGGUGCUAUAGUGUCCCUUUAGAUAUAGUUCAAUAAUCAUAUUCCAUUUACAUCAAUCAGAACUUAACUCCAAUCUUAAUGAUAAGAGGAGGAAUAUAAACUUAGUGGUGUGAAAAUGUUCCACAGAGCCAGACAGAAGAAACAGAAAGGUAUAAUACCUCCGCUAUAGCAACAAAUUGCUAGCAGCCUAUUGUACCGACCUCCCUCCCUUGAAAACUAGCUAAAUAUAAGUAGGCUACUGUGGCGCACCGCCUGGCAUCCUGACUGGGUACCUCCACCAAUCGUGCUUCCUAGCUGUAGCCGAGUACCCAAAGCAUUCCACCGGACACCAUAACCACCUUAGCCUCUUAGCCAAAGUAGCUUGGCUGGGGUCUUGCUGUCCCUCCUCACCCUGGACCAGUGAGAAGACCUCUCCUCCAAGAGAGUAUAGCAGUAUGUUCUUAAAAGAGCAGGUGAUUAUAGCAAUUCCCCCCCACACAUUAGACGAGGCUCUAUGCUGGGAAGUCUUCUGGUUUAAUGGGAGCCACACAUGGCCUUUUAUGUAACUCCCCAUGCCAGAGGUUUCCUUAAUUACAUUCCAGGCGCACUCCCCACUGGACCUAAGAGGAGACUAGUUACAAUCAAACAUUCCACACACUCUUGCCCUGUGCCUGAGAGAUAAUUACCUGAGCACACAAAUUAUGUAAUUAAAUUAUCAGGUACAAAACAUACAAUUUAACAAACUUCAAAAGCACUCCCAAAACACAUGAAAACUCCACAAAAGUCAUAUCCGCUGAUAGCCCCGAUCUGGAUGACCAACAUAUCCAAAAAUCACCCAGGUCGGUUCAGGGGUUCGGGAUUUUCAUGGAAGUCAAUUAUUUGACCGACUGUGCACAUGGUCUUAUGUCCCAAAAAGUUCCAGGGAAUCAGGGCUAACAGUCAGUCUCUUUUUGGGAGCACAAAAGUACGUAAAACACCGAACGGAAUCCUUAAAUUACUUGUGUAGCCUGUUCCCCUUGUUCGUGGGAACGUUUCCACCAAAGAGUGCCUUUCUAAGUGGCGUAGAAACGAACACAGGCAAUUAUGGAAGUCCAGCGGUGUUCGGGAGUUUCUGUGUCCGAUUUUAGUUCCAUGAAAUUCAUGCCCAAACACCACUGCCUGUGAAACAAGAUGUCCGCCACCUCGUGAUAGUUUAUAUGAAAUGCGGCCACCCAGACGAACACUUAAAACACUGCGGUGGAAAUUGCUACAAAGUAUCAAUUGGGCUUAACAAGCUCCCGGGUGGCCUUUGGCUCGUGCGGCUGUUCCCAAUUGCACGAACAGAGCCUUUUUAAAGUAUAUUAGCCAAGGUCUAUUGCAGGGGUCAUAGUCCUAGGGCAGGCGGCUGACAAGCAGGCUCCUCCAGGUGCCUGUGGCGAGGUUCUUUUCGCCACAGAUACAUUUGAAGAAACUUAAAAGAGUACAAUGCAAAAAGUGUUCAAGUGCAAGAUGAACAUGAGGCAAAUAGCCUAAUGCACGUUUUUGUGCUGCUGAUGCACGUUUGCCAGGGGCCAAACUGUAACUGGUAGAUUGCUACUUUAUAAAUGGAUUUACCUCAUUCCGUAUAAGCCAAUAUUUAGUUUGGGAAAUUAAGUUCACCCCAUGAUGUAAUUGCAUAAAUAAAGUGAGAGCUUACCAAUCAGAGGUCAAGUAUUCAUGACUGCUACCCCUCUGAGGGAGUGGUUGAAGAGAACUGGAAACUCCCUCUGCAACAUGUAUGGCGUAUCUAACUGCUCCUACCGAAAGGUCUAUUGUCCGUAAGGGGCAGGUAUUGUUUAGGGGCGGAUGCUCACUUGAAGGGGAGUCAUUUAUCCAGAUUUGAAACUCUGUCCUAUAUCAUCCUAUUUCUGCUGUGAUCUGUGCACUAAUAGACGCCCCGUAAGUAUACAUGUACAAAAAGACCAGUCAGAAAACAAAUAUAAGCGGUAAUCAUUAUAGACCUAUCAGUCAGAAAAAAUAUAUCGGACAGUGCUGUCUAUAGAUAUUGAUAGAUUACUACGUUCAGGGAAUCAUUAAUGUUUGAGUAAAGGGAAAUGUUCCAAAGGUAUAUCUUCUUCUAAAGGGGCUAUAUAGCUAUUCAGUGUGCUGGUGUAUACUAGGUUUUCCCCAAGUUGCUGUAUAGGCGAUAUUGGUCGCAGUUUGUAGUAUUCCCCUAAAUCACUGUUUAAGUAUUAAACAGCGAUCUGGAAAAGAGCUCAGUCUGAGAAUAGUGGCAAGAUUUACUUAUUUAAUCUGUUUUAAAGAGGUUGGAAAUGGAUAAUUUGAGAUUAUUACAUUUGUGGUUAUCCUUCCAAAACCUCUACACAGAUCUCUUAUUCUAAUGUAGAUAUUACCAGACAUGAAAACUGUUCAGGUUAGGUAUCUGACAAUACGUUUAUAGGUCCAUCAGAUGUAUACCUAUUGGGUCACUUUUCGUGGAGGCUGAUUCUGACAAACAGUCUUUGGUAGAUGUUACUCGAUGCCUCAUGAUUUUUUUUUUUGUGUAAAGUGAAAUACAAAAAAGUAAAUAAAAGUGUUUCUGUAAUUGACCUUCAUAUAUGUAUAAAUUUACAAUUGACUAAAUCUAAGAAAUAAAGUAUUUUUUUGCAUAAUAGUAAUUUUAGUUCUGUAGUGCAUGUCACAAGUAGCUCUCCUUCCUUCUGUUUUUUCUUCUAGGUAACUGUGGAUCUGCAAAGCACAUCGAUCCGUGUGGUCGUGAGAGAUGGAGAAGGGGAACAUGUUGUAAUGAAUGGAAAUUUCACUCACAAAAUAAAUGCAGAAACCUCAUUUUGGAGCCUGGAACCUGGAAAGUGCAUUGUGGUAAUGCAGAUUGCAUUGUAAUGUGUGAGGAUGUGAUCGUUAUUCAUUAGUCUGCAACUGUUGAGUUGACUAGCUGCAAAUUUAAGACAAAAUAGCUGAGCCCGAAGAAAAACUGGAUUGGAAAAUGUUUUUAAUUUGGCUAUUUAGGCUUAAAAAGAGGAAUCGUCCAUUUUGAUUUUGAGGCAGUUCCACACAGAAAGGGGAUGUGUGAUUGAUUGACAGUAUUGUUUGAGAAUACACAUGUGAUCAUUGCUGGCAUGUCAUUGUUAUACUUGCAUGAGUUGCCCUGAGUGGUAAUAGUGGAUACAAAAGUAUGAUUUUUAGGUUCCUUUAGAGCAGGGGUUCUCAACCCAGUCCUCAAGGACCCCCCCGAACUGUCCAGGAUAUAGGGAUUACCCUGCUGUGUCUAAUGUAUUUUGGGGGGGAGGGGAGGAACAAACACUUUAGAUACAACAGGGCAAUCCCUAAAUCCUGGACUUGAGAUAAGCACAGCACGAAUAUGAGACCAAUACCUAUGACACACACUAAGGUUAUGUUGGUUCCUAGAGUGUACUUUAACUAAGCCUCAAAGGAACAUCUCUAAGCACACAAAUAAGCAUGGGGAAUCAUGGGGCACAGCACAUAAUGUGAAGAAGCAUACUCAAGUAUUUUCCCACCUUCUUGUACAAUAUGAACUUCUAGUUGACAAUCAACACACAAUAUGAUUUGCCCAAACUACAGAAAUGUUACCAGACUACAUAAUAAAACAAAACAUUUGACAUAAUUAAGACCUCAGAAACCAAUAUAAUCUAAAUAUUGACAUGUAUGCAUGCAAUAAUAAUGUGUGCUUGCAGAUCAGUUGGUCCUGAAGAGGUUAAAUAUUUUUUGAACAAUACAAUAUGUUUGGGUUUUACAGAUCAAUUUGUUGAGAUGGACAGGUAAUUUUGUAAAGUCGUGGAUUAAAAGAAAUUUGAUUUGGACGAACUGCUCCAAACUAACUAUUACACAAGUCUAUUACAUACCAGGUUUAAAUAGAUGCUGACUGUACAGCAAAUUGUUCAACAUAUCCUUGAUGUUUUCGCCAGCUUUCCCUUGCAUUAUCUGCUUCAGAUACUGAUUUUAAAGGAGCACUGUGGGCACCAUAACAACAUAAUUGGGAUACACUUUUUAUGAUGCCAGAAGCUCCUUGGUAUUAGCUUACCUUUAGGGGUUAAAUCUGCCUGGCGCCAGUUAGCUCUGCCCCUUUAACAUCUGUCUGAGUCCUGAAACAGGAAGCCUCAGACUGGGCGCCAAUGGUUGGCUAAGAAUGAUUGGCUAAGAAUGUUAAGUGACACUUUCAGUGUAGGUCCUCAUUCACAAAUUUACUUGAGAAAAUUACGUACAUUUCAGUGGCACCAUUUCAAAGUGUCCUGAUUCAAGCCCUCACCUCAUACGGAUAUGGGGAGCUGAUCGUCGUCAGACUGAAAACAUUGUUUCUAAACUGUUCAUUAACAGUGGAACCCCUGAACGUAAGACAACACCAGGGACGUAUUGUACCAUAACAACUUCAUUCUCAUUAUGUUGUUAUGGUGCCUGGAGUUUUCCUUUACGUGCUUUCUUGUGUUUCAUUUGGCCUCAUAUGUUAUGAAUUUAUCUAUUGUUUUUUGGAUGACAUAAGAACAUGUUUUGAAAAAGAUCUUUAGGUCAAAGUGUUGUCAUAGGGCAGGGGUAGGCAAACUUUUAGCAGCACUGUGCCGAUAUAGGAUUUUGAUGUCCCGUAGCGUGCUGAUCCUAUUUUUUUAAAUUGAGGUAUGUAUGCUGCCGUAUUCUGCUUGUGUUAUUUUUACUGUAAUUGCUUUGUACCGUUGAAUUUGUGCGUAUAUUAGCUAUUAUAUUGUAUAUGUUCAUUAGUAGUUUAUGGUAUCGUGUAUGAUACCUAUGAAUGUGGGCUGUGUAUGGGGGCUGCUUGUGGAAUUGUGUGUGGAUGGAUAUGUCCCAUUGUGUGUUUGGUAGUGUGUGGGGGCUGUUUGGGGUAUUGCAUGUGAGAGCCUGCAUGUGGGUUUGUGUGCAUGUAUGUGGAUUGUUAGUGGUGUUGCGUUUGUGGGGAUUGUGUGUAGGCUGUUCGUAUUAUUUGUAUGAUGGGAGGCUUAUUCUGCAGGUCUGUGUAUAUCUUGCAGUGUGGGUGGCUUCCCUGGGUUCUAGUGGGGACCAGGCUGGCCAGGUACAAGUCAAGGACAGGAUUUGCAACAGCAGCUGCAGGCUGCUCUACUACAGUGUGGAUUCCCAUUCACAAGUGCCGGAAUAAAGUGAUCUGAGAUCAUUUCCUCUACGUGCUGCAAUGCAUAAAUUGAGGGUUGCCCUUUACUACCUCUUCGUAUUAGCAGAUAUCUGAAGUUUCACUGAGACUCCUGAUAGGCCAGAGCCUGUUUGGCUCUAGCAGCCUUGAGUGCCGUGGAAAGACCCCUCGAGUGCCGUGCAUGGCACUAGUGCCGUAGGUUGCCUACCCCUGUCAUAGGGUUUCAUCAUUACCUAUUGCAGUGUAUUCAGCAAUAAUGCAUGCAGAGAUGUUAGGUCAAAGGCUACCCUUUUGGUAACCAUUCCAGCCAGUGAGCUUUAGGUUUAUUACAGAGGCAUUUUAACAAGUGGCAUAUGAGAUCAUUUGUCGCUAUUUUGUUUUCUGGAUUGUUUGUGUGUACCUUUUGGACUUUAGAAGCUGCCCAUUUAAAUGUAUGUGUGUGUUUAUACUGAGUUGUUUAAUGUGAAUUGAGCUAGUCCACUAUUACUUAGGAUGUCUGUGUAUCCAAAUUAAUGUAUAGGCUUUAGCACUGCAGGGUCAUUAGGCUACUGCUUUUACUAAGAGUAAAACGGACAGUCUACCAUAAUAAUGAAUAUACUUUCUUAAUAAGAAGGAGGAACACCCCAGAACUCAACAAAUGGUGGUUUUAUUCAAUUAUUCCAAAAGGGCAACGUUUUGGCAAUGUAGGUGUCUUUCUCAAGACCUAAAUAAAGUGUGUCAUACCAAAAUAUUAUAUAGAGGUGUGCAAGAAAGAAAUCAUCCAAUCACAGUAAUGUGUAACAAAUUGCUUGCAACCAAGCAAUCAGAAGUAACUGCAAAAAAUGAUCUGUCAAUUUGAACUGUUAUCUUACCGUGAUAAAUACAUCCUGUGUGUCUAAUAACAUGAGAAAGAUGGAAAUAAACCAAUAUAUCUAUUAAAUGCAGAUACAAUGUGUUACCAAUGUCACAAAAUAUACUGAACAUGUCUCUUUAAAAAAGAAAAAAACAACAAUUUUUGCAUUUACAUCUGAUUGCUUGAUUGCAUGCAGAUUGUUACAUAUUACUUUCAUUUUUCCUGUGCACACCUAUAUAAUAUUUUGCUAUGACACAUAUGUGUAUGGCUUGAGAAAGAGAUCUACAGUGUCAAAACAUUGCCCUUUUGUGAUGACCAUUAUACCACGAUUUGCCGAGUCCUGGGGUGCUCCUCCUUUUUAUUACAAAUUUAUAGUCCUGUGGGACGGUACCAGCCGCAAAGGAAGCUAAGAAGAUGGGCUCUUUAUUUUUAUUGUUUUUUUUCCCCCAAUGCACAUACUUUCUCAUUUUGUAAGCUGCAAUGUGUCACAAGCCAUUAUUCCUACAGAUCAGUCUGAGUAAAAUUGGGGAAUACUGGUGGAAUGCAAUCUUGGAAGGAGAGGAAACAAUUGACAUUGACAAGAUCAACAAGGAACGCAGCAUGGCAUGUGUUGAUGACGAGGAGCAUGCUGUGUUGGACAGACUUACUUUCGAUUACCACCAGAAACUGCAAGGGAAACCACAGAGUCAUGAAAUGGUAUGUCCUGAUAAGUCAAAGCACAGUAAAGUACUGCUUUAUUCUGCCUGCCAUUCUAUUCAGAUUUUGUUUCACUAAGCUCAAACAUAGGCUAUCUUUAUCCAUGUUCUCCUGCAUCAUUGCUGCUGCUUCCAGUUCUCACCUUACACUUCCUCAUAGCUGUUAUUGCCCAUCCAAUGCUGCUAGUUCCUACAUUUACCCCACAAUUUCAUGCACCAGCACUUCUUUCUAUCCUAAUGUACAGCCCCAACAGAAGUCACUCAUACAUACUGGACUGACUUAACACAGCUUUCAUUCCAUAUCAUUCUACUCUUUGCACAGUGGCCAUUCUACAUUGUAGAUCUGUAUAUCUGCUUCCUGUAUAGUUCCUAGGCUCACACAUUACUGUAACACUACAAUCUGCCCCUCUCAUUCUUGUACUAACUUAACAGUCACUGAGUUGUCACUCUCCUCAAUCAUGAUUUGCAUCUUAUAAUACAGCCCAUACAUCCAAAAGCCUUUUUUUGGUUUUUUAUUUCUUUAUUUUUUUGUGUGCAAGAAAUAUACAAGCAUGUUUAAAAUGCCACGUUAGCACAUAAAGAUUUGUCAACAUAGAUAAUAACUGGGCAUGUAGAAACAGCACAUUUUUAUAAUAAUCAUGUCAAGAAUAUAAAAAAGUCUCUGUUGAGGUUGUUGCUUUGGAGCUUGGAAACUGCCACCUGAGACCGACAUAACCCCUACCAGUGCAUAUGUGGGGAGGGGAGACGACAAUGGCCCAAAGUCGGAUAUUCAGUGUCGCAUGGCGUUGGGAGAGCGGCCGUCUCUCCUGCACCAGCCACGCUUGUAGGCCGUGUGGUACGGUCGGGGGGGAUCUCGUUGAAAGAUCUGCAUAUUUAGUAUCUGCAGAAUCCCCGCAGUGACCCCCCUCGCCUGGCAGUCCCAGUUAUCGAGAAACUGAUGUUUAUGCGCAGUUAUCGCGAAGCGGCUGUUUAUGAGCAGUUAUAACACUGUAAGCAGGAGCUGAUCUGAUUAGCGUCCACUCACCUCAGUGGUCAUGCCCAGCCCCUCCACAUGCCUCUUUUACUCUACGUCCUGUCCUGCUAUAUUUGCUAUUAUAAUUACACAACCGUACAUCACUGUCCCCAUAGCUCCAUACCCUGAAAUAAUUAAUUCUUUGUUAAUGUAUUUCCUCCUCUGGCUCCCUACAGAAAGUGCAUGAAAUGCUGAAGAAGGGUUGGGAAGCUGAUGGCUCGCCAUUCAAAGGCCAGGCGUUUGACCCCGGCAUGUUCAAUAUCUCUCCUGGAGCUGUGCAGUUCUAAAUUCCACCUGGGACAUCUACUGGAUCUUAUCAGUUGCCCUUGGGGGCCAAAGUUUACAGGGGAUAUAUUUAAGUGGCUAAUACCGUGUUUUGUUACCACAACCAUACAUGCCUAUUUAAAAUCCAUUUACAGACACGUUGAUCUGCAAUUUGGUGUGGAUUGGAGCUUCCCUGAUGUCUCAUUAUUGACAAAUACCACUAUAUGUUUAACAGGAAAAUUUUACCAGAAGAGAAAUUUUCUCCUCGUCUUUAAUGUUUGAGGGCAAGGAUUGCGUUUUAUAUGCUCUGUUAUUAGAAUUCAACAAGGUUGUAAUUUAUCUGGGUAAAAAAUGAGGAAUAACCCUCAAAAUCCCUUCAUAUAUUCUGUAAAAAAAAUUUAAACAUUUUACUAUCAGUGCAUAGCUUUAUAAAUAACAAUUUCACCAGUUCCCCUUAAUUAAUAUUAAACUAUAAUUUGUAAUUUACAGCAGCUGUACUCUUAUUAAUCCUAUCAUCAUAAGCCAGCAAGUGCUUUAGAGUGGUUCUAAAACUCCAGUUUGUAUAUAAUCAGAGAAAGCAAUUGAUAUGAACAGGAUCAGCAAAGAGCAAAGCAUUCAAUGGUUGAACAGCCACAGACUCUCUCACACUGCACAAAUUGUGAUGUCAUUUCCCAAGCAAAUGGGGAAACCACUGGAUCAAUAUUUAUCUUCUGUAAAAAAUAAAAAUAAAAGGUUUACAUAUUUGGGUUUCAUAUGAAAACAGUAACUGUAAAAUAAAAAUAUCCAUAACGUUUCAUGGUUACAGAGGUCAGUUUGUCAGAAGUAUAUAUAAUAUUGCAUAUAUGGUGUGUGAGUUCAUGUGUAAUGGCUUUUGAUUUAUUGUUUUAAGCGCCAACCAGGCCUAUUAAAACCUUCAUUCAGAGGAUGAUGAUAGGAGACAUCAGUUACAUGAUAUACUGAGAGAAUGUAAAAAAAUAAAAAUUUAGCUGUUUGCUCCUUUCUUGUGUUGUGGUAAAUUCACGCUCAAAACCGUGGAUGCUGAAUCUUAAGCAUGAGCUAGUAUAGAGCUUGCUGGUGUGGACACAAUAACCCCAAAUUGUCCACUUCCUUUUUUAGACUUAAAGGGAUACUAUAGUGC